GGAACUGUGGAUUGCUGGUGUAGGACCUCGGCCCCAGGAGUGGCCCGGGGGUUACCCUGGGGACCUCGGGGAAGUGCUCGCGCGAGGACGAAGCUGCUAAGAACGACGAAGGACACGGGAGGCGGAGGAGGAGGCCGCUAUGAACGCCAGCGUCAACAUCGAGAGGAACUCCUGGCGGCUGCCUCCCGACGAGACCGUCCAGGUCGCCGAUCCCCGUUCCAAGUCAGCCCAGGUAAAAGAGGAUCUAACGUACGCGGAGGGCGGCCACAACUGGCGGAGCAUAAUCUUCUCGCUGCUGGUCAUCGGCUUCGUUAUCGCCGGGAUCGUCACGGCCAUUUACCUGCUCGGGUACGUCGACGAGCUGUUGUACUGGAGCGGCAGGCGGCUCACGUUAGACGAGUGCCUUCGUGAUGAUUUGACACCGCACAGGUUGUCACCGACCUGGGUUGCCCACGACAAGUUCGUCUACCAGGCCGACGACGGCUCCCUCACUCUCCUGGACACCAGCAACAACUCCGUGGCCCUCCUGGUCUCUAAUCACACGCUCAGACAGCUGAACGUCCAGGGCUACCAGUGCAGCGCCGACCUGCGUUACGUGUUGUUCAAGCACAAUGUCAAGCCGGUGUUCAGAAAUACCUUCACCGCUUACUACACAGUCUACGACGUCACGAACGACCACCAUACGCCCCUCCGUCUGCACGCGUCGCGCAGGAUGCAGCAAACGCGGCUGCAGCACGCCGCCUGGUUGGGCAACACAUCCGGGCUCCUGAUGAUCUCCGAGAACGACAUCUACGUGAGGUUAGCACCGUCCGCGGCGGAGGACGCGCGGAUUACCGAUACAGGUGUUCCCGGCGUGAUUUACAACGGCGUGCCGGACUGGCUGUAUCAGGAGGAAGUGCUGCCGCGGCCGGAAGCAGCCUGGCCUAGCCCCGACGGCACGCACCUCCUCUUCGCCUCCUUCAACGACACCAAGGUCACUGCCCUGGAAUUUCCUUGGUUCAGCUCGCAGCCGGGUCAGGACGGACCCAGUGCCAGCCCCCUGUCAACGUCGCGAAGAGGCUCCUUCCCGCCAUCGAGAUCCGUCAGGUACCCUACACCCGGCACGCCCAACCCCGAGGUGGACCUGUGGCUGUUGGAACUCAGCAACGUGACCGGGUCCUUCAACGGAAAUGGAACAACGAACACGUCGGCGCUGUUCAGGCUGAGGCUGAAACCGCCGUCUGCUCUGGAUGGACAGAGGGAGUAUUAUUUAAUAUCUGCGGGCUGGGUGGGCGACGACUCCAGCCAAGUGGCCGUCGUCUGGAUGACCAGAUCGCAGAAUCUCUCGUUGGUGUCCGCGUGUCGAGCACCGAUGUGGGAAUGCGAGGAGACACACUCCGAGAGAGCGCCGGAAGGACAAUGGUUAGACGCGCAGCCUCAUCCCUUGUUCGCGCCUGACGGUGACAGCUUCUUGCUGCUGGCUGCGGUGCAGGAGGGCGACAAGGAACACUUCACCCACAUCAAACACGUAACCCUGACUCAACAGAGGAUAGCGGUCCUGUCGCACGGUCGUUACGAGGUGAGUGAAAUCUUAGCAUGGGACACCAAAGCCCACCUGGUGUACUAUCUGGGCACCAGGGAGAGAAGGCCAGGUCAGAGACACCUCUACGUCGUUCCUGAUCCCACUGCUGACGAUCCUCGACGUCUCGAGCCGCUCUGCGUCACGUGUGACCUCGGGGAGGUUCUCUGGAGCAGUAGGUUCUAUUACACCAACUGUACGCACUUCAGCGCAUCCGUGAGCCCAGCGGUAGAAAACGAGAACCAGGGUUACUACGUUCUCCACUGCGAAGGUCCAGGUCUCCCACUGGCCGGUGUACACCUGAUGACCACUCACAAGAUGAUCCGCGUGCUGUACGACACUAGGAUCCAACGCGGAGACAAGCUUUCCCAGCUGGCGUUACCAACUCGAAGAAGCUUCGAGGUGCCUCUACCUCAAGGCUGGAAAGCCCAGGUGCAGUUGCUGUUGCCACCCUCGUGGCGAGAAGAGCUCAGAGACGCUGCGUUCCCUGUCCUGGUUGAGGUGAACGGUCGUCCAGGCAGCGAGGCGGUGACCGAUCGAUUCAAAAUCGAUUGGGGAACCUACAUGUCCAGUCACAACGACGUGGUGUACGUCAGGCUGGACGUACGCGGAGCCAGAGGCCAAGGGAAGCGGGAUCUCUUCAGGCGAAUCGGUGGCGUCGAGGUUCAGGAUCAGUUGACAGUGCUGAGGCACCUGCUAAAGACGCUAAAGUACCUGGACGUCACCAGGGUGGGGGUGUGGGGUUGGGGAUACGGUGGCUACGUGACUGCCAUGGUGUUAGGUAGCCAGGAGAACGUGUUCAAAUGUGGAGUCGCUGUGAAUCCCAUCGCGGAUUGGCUCUAUUACAAUUCCGCGUUCACGGAGCGAGUGCUCGGUGCCCCAGCGGAGAACUACAAAGGUUACGUGGAGGCUGACCUGACCCAGCGCGCGAGGUUGGUGCCCAGUCACAGCCUCUACCUUCUUCAUGGUCUAGCCGACCUCACAGCGCCUUAUACGCACGGUGUCGCCUUCGCUAAGGCUCUGUCCGAAGCGGGUAUCAUCUUCAGGUACCAGAGUUACGCGGACGAAGACCACGCCUUGUCGGGUGUCUUGGAACACGCUUAUCGUUCCAUGGAGGACUUCCUCGCAGAGUGCCUCGCCCUGGACGCGUCCUAGUGCCUCAAGCCGAACGCUCCCUCGUUGUCUCUAGCUCGCCUACUUCUCACACGUCCCGAAUGCACGUGGAUACUGGUGAAGAGGGCUCUCGUCGUUCAGGACUGGACUAGCUCGAAUAAAUAGGAGUACCGGACGUAAGCCGGUCCUGAUCGUCAGGAAUCGGGCGAACGGAGACGCGGAUAGACGCGAAACAGUUCGGACGGAAUAAUCGUAUAGCGAAGCGAAACGAGUCAAAUUAAUGCUAGUCCCCCGUCAGAGCCGACAGGGUGCUCGUGACACGGAGAAAGAUACGCGUAGAAGACAAGCGGUGAUGAGAGGGAUGAGGUAAAGCUAGCGUUUGUAUAAGUAAAUAUGGUUAAAUAACGUUGUAUAUCAGCCGUCUGCAUCAGCCUGCGGAUUCCUCUUUGCUACGGGAAACUUUCACUUUGCUCUCUGGACGCGCACCCCGGACAAAUUUCUAGUCUGUAAUCUACCCCCGGCCAUCCAGAGACGUGUCUAGCUAGGUCUGUAUCGCGGUUGGGCCGCGCGAACGGCGCUCUCAGAUUCCGCAAGCUCGGGACUCGCCUUGCGUUCCCUGCAACCCCCUCGUCCUCGAUCCGACGGCUGUCCCAGCCGAGGUCCGGCCGGGACACCGCCUGACAGUCGGCGAACGGUGUCGUGCUUCUCGCGAGCUUGCAAGCUCUAACCAUUUUUUAUACAGCGAAACCUUCGGGAUCGAGUGGUGAUCGACGACACGCGAAGGAUACCCAGCGAACGACGAUCGAGCGUAUCGAGCUUAGCGCGAGCUUGCAAGCUCGCCUCCCACCUUUUUUAUAUCGACCCUCCACCACACUCACACGCACACGCACACCCGCACACGGACACGCACACACGCGCACCGCUCGAGACAUUCGCGUCGUUUGUAUACCUUUCCGCUUUUGAGGACGUCGAGCUUAUCUCGGAAGCUUGCAAGCUCCCCCCGCCUUUUCCACGAGGAACAGAUAGUUAUCUCCGUGCAGCUAGAUCUAUCACCGUACCAACGCGUCAGAUCUACCCGGAUCGAACGUGUCGGCCACGCACCGUGCAGAGCUUGCAAGCUCGCGUUACAUCACCUUCUCUCUCUCUCUCUCUCUCUCCCUCUCCCUCUCUCUCUCUCUCUCUCUCACAUCGGUGCCUCCCUACGCCUGUGCGAUGCCGCAACGACACGUCCAGGGGUACCGACGUAACCGCACUUCGUCGUUUUAGAAAGGAAAACGCCUAGUCUUAAGUUUUGUGUUGUACAGCUUCGCGCCUAGUCUAUGUACCGUAAUGUUACUUACGCGUGAAGAAAAGGAGAAAAAAGAGAAGAUCAGAAAAGGGAGGAAAGAAGAUGUUACCCCGGCCCAGUCCUCCAUUCUACACCUAUCUCCAUCUACCGUUUCGCCCUUCGAUAUUUGUAUAUAUCCGUAACACGCGUCUCUCGAAGAGUCCCCUGGCGCGGGACGCGUUCCCUUCGACGAGGUUCGCGCGUGUUCCCGUUUGUCGUUGAUCGUUUGUUGUACUAUAUCGCUAAGUUGUACUAUAAACACACAGUUUCCAGAUUAAAUAACUAUUAUUAAGUAAGUUAAGCGACGCGAGGCUUUAGGAUUAAACGUUCAGGUUCACCGUAUACUUUUAGCUCGUUCGAGAGGACCUCGUCGCGGGCAACGGACCCCUUAUCGUAUUCCUUUUCUCUCGAUCAGCGCGGACCGCGCGCAGGGCCCCGGGGGGCGCUCGCGGUCCACGCGGCGAAGAUCGAUGUUCGUUCAGACGCGGUUGAUGUUGCAGGAAAUCGUUCGAGAUCGAUCGGGCCCGCGAGAUGCACGCGCGCGUCCGUCGGUCCCUUCGCUGUCGCGAUCGAUCCCGGUCACACCACUCGUCUGCGAGGAUUCGCCGAUUAACGAACGCAACUAUACCUCUAUGUGUCUUCUGAAAUUUGUACCGUCAUCGACUCGAACGUGUCCCGAAUUAAUUCGCGUGCCGAGCGUCCACGUAGCGAAGGGACCGACGUCCGCCCAUAUUUCCCGCUCGCGGGCCCGAUCGAUGCGGGACACUUUUCGACGGUUGAUUAAGGGGAUAAGAAAAAAGAAAAAAAGAAAAAAAGAAAAUAAGAAAAACACACAAAAUGUCGCGCUCGAACGAAAGAGAGUCGCACGUCGCCAUAAACGCUGCCUGCCCAGCAGCCCUUAAAUGCCGACAAUCAAGGCUAGUGCAACUAAUCAAACGAUAAUAAAUAGAAACGGAGAGGAUGAAGAAAUUACCUAAUAAUAAUUAACGAAUUCUUAGAUGAGUGAUCGAUGUGGUUCGUCCACGUCGGACCGUGCGUGGCUGUAGGGCCUCGACGAGGAGCCAGGUUGACAGAGAAUUGCGAGAACACCCCCUCUCACGGGGGUGAGCAUUCUCGUCGAGGGGAUCCACGCUCGCGCGUGGACGGAUUAGUAGACGUGGCAAAUCGUUAGAUCGAAAUUACGUGCUUGAUGUCGAUCGUAGAGAGUACAAAAGGUGCAGCGUUGCCCGGCCAAGGAAUCGUCCAAUUAUUCCUGAAUUCCUUCACCCUAAAAUUCGCGUGAUCAGUCGUAGAUGAUUAAUUCGAACUGUCUCCCAAAUAUACUACCAAAGUUGUCACGAUGGUUAGAUACGUGACGCGUGUUCAGCCUUCGAUUCUCUAGGGGAAAAGAAGGAACCAAAAGAAGUUUAUAGAUAUCUUUCCCUUUUUCUUCCAUUUUUAUUUUCCCUUGAGUUCCCGUAAAUUGGUUCCUUGGUCGCGCGACACGGACAGACGCGUUAUUGUUAAAACACAUUGUAAAAGUUCAUUUCUUCGUUGGGUAAGCCUUUGCCGCGUACGAAUUCGCGGCAAGGGGGUAGUAACUCGAGAAACGUCGGGGGUAAGAUGAACGAGAGGAGAUCGAUGAACGAGAGUCAGUGAGAGUGAGUGCGAGUGUGAGUGUGCAAUCGCAAUCAAUUAUUAACUUAUAAAUAAACGGCAAAGGAGAAAAAAAGAAGAAGAAGAAGAAGAAGCGCGGCGAACUUUAGCGUAGGCAUAGGUAAUCGGUCUGACGAACGGCAGGCACGCAGACAGUAAAACAAAUGGAAAUAAAACGACGGCGAAGAAUGGCGAACAGCACGAAGUGGAAGGAGAAGAAGAACGGCAGGAAGAAAUUGCAGGCACGCGAAUCACGUGAAAUUAAAUCGCAGAGAGAAAUAAAUAAAAUAAAAAUAAAAGAAAUCUUGGUAGCAGCGCAUAAGGGUAUCUAUAAGCUUUUGGUAACGUAUUAUCGCCGCUAGGCUAAAGAGAAUUAAUUAAAAAUAAAAACAGAAAAAUAUAUAUAUAUAUUAUACAAUAAAGAGAAAAUAACGCGACACACGAUGAAAGAGAAGACACACAAUCGCAGGACAUCCAGAUCGCAAUGGCAAAUUUGACGCGGAACUCGAGUUCAAUGUAUCGGGCCCGUGCGAACACUCGGACGAAUUCAUCGCGAGUUACUUCGACGAAUGAUUCGCCUGUCGACGUUCAACGAUUUCGAGCUGACGAAAUAGAGAAAAAAAGAAACAAGAGAAAUUAAUAGGAGAUUACAAAAAGGAGACGAAGGAAAAAUCGCGAGCGUUCGUAUGAACCGUAAUGGGGGAGAGAAGAAGGAAAAAUUUACUGAUAAUAAUAAUAAGGCGACUAUUUGAAAUUAUUUGGAUAAUCUGUGAUACUCAGAUUGACGAUUAUUAUUCGGAUUAGACGGCGUUUCGCGCGUUUUUAACGUCAACGGACAACACUCGAACAUCGAGGUAUUAAUAGAUAAGGUAUCGAUAAACGAAAUUGUUCGAGGAACGCAUGUUCCGGACCAAGCCCGAGCGCCCCGACGACAAUCCACGCGCACUCGUUGAUCGGUAAACACCUGUUUCUUGCCAAAUCGUUGUCAAAUUCCUCGUACAUCUCAACCCAUUAACCGGGAACGGGAAGCUGACUCGUUAGAAAAUACUCUCUCAGAACACAAAACGAUAGAAUCUCGACAAAUAUUUAAAAAUGUCAAAUUUGAUCACGAUAAAUCGUUAUUAUGCUUUCGCAUGAUCGAAAAAGAGUGCAUUCCUCAGACAUUCUUCGACACUUUGACUGCCUCCAGUUUCUCCUGUAACCCCACUGUGGCCAUUGGUAACCGGAGUGCUUCGACUACUCACAAUUGUAAAAAUUGAAUGAAAAUUGACAGCUAGUAGAGUGUCAACCGUUACCAAGACGCCACCGGUGGUCACCCGUGACUGCCAAUAAGGUAAACGCUCUAUUGGCUAAGAACGACUAAUUAUUAUUAUCAUUUUGCCAUUACAUGCUUCGAAUAAUAAAAAUACUCCGCGUAAUUUCGCCUUGGCAGUCAAAGAGUUAACCCGGUUAAUGACUCCGCGUAAAUAAUUCAAAUUUCGCGCGCUCAGCCGAGAUCAAACGCUAAUCUGCAGUGGAGAAAGGUGUCACUGAAAGUCUUCGUCAUCUACUGCCUCCGAGAAAAUCGAGCUAACCCCCUCUCUCCACUGCACCUACGUUUGCCCUCUGCUUUAUAAAACAACCUGUAAAACGUUCAAAACAACCAACAUAGAUCCUUCGAAUGAACGGAAGAAAAAUCGGAGACCUGUUGAAAAUUCCCUUCUCCUCGAACCUUCUUUCCCAAGACAGUUGGACGUGGAGUGGGAGAGAAUGACCGAUUGACAGCGUGGCGCGAAGAUGGCGCCGGGGCCCGGUGGCCGGGAGUGGCCUGUGCUCGUCGCGACAUCUGGCGCAUAUAUCAGACCCCUCGAUGCGCGGACAGCAUCCAGACGGGCCAACUUGAAACGACGUCUGAAUGAUCAAAGAUUCGGCCAAUCGAUCGCGUACUCGAAAGCGUUCCAGUCGAUCACUGUCCCCUGCGGCUCGUUGAAUUCGAUCGUGCCGCGCGAGUGUGGCCGACGCGCUCGGACAAUUGUUUUUUAUAUAAUAUUCGCUCGGAUCAUCCAGCGAGCGUGCGCGCGAGGGUGCCGCGAACAAUGGUUCCCGAGAGAGACGGUGGCGCCCUCGACGAACGCUUCUCGUGGGAGGCGUAGGGCACGCGGAUCGUUUCCACUCGGUUUUAUACGACAUUCGCACGGACCUGGAGACCGAACAUCCGCGAAAUCGGCCACGCCGACGAAUCGAUCGUUUUCAAUCGGUUUCCAACGAAAACGCGGCGUUCCUCUGAACAGCGCGCGCAUCACGAUAACACGUUGAACGAUCGGGACACCGUGUCCGGAGCUUUCAUUUCAACCAUACCGUGCCCGCGUGCUAUGCACAGCGCUGUAUAUUUGUACAUUCGAGGUAUGGGGCACAGGUUCACCGAGCAUGUACCAUUUUCUUUUACCCUGAACAUCGUGCACGUUUCGCGGCGUCGUUCAACGUGUUAGGGGUUUAUUCGCCAUGCGCGAUAUUUUCUACGUUUUAACGAUAAAAAAGAA